GAGCUCCGGUUCCAAUCUCACCCGCGCGACGGCCGAACGCCAGCGUGCCGUGCUCUUGCCAAGCAAAAAGAAGAAGCGCCUCGCCAGAGUUCUUCCGAAGCGCGGUUAACAAGAGCCGUCGCGCGAUGUCGUGGCGUUUCCUCGAUUGUAAUAUUAGUAUUUAAAACGCUGCGACUACCGUAAUUGUCCCGGCGGACCAGCAGCGACGCUACACGACAGACCCCCACUUCGCUACGCACUAGUCGGAAGUACCGCACCGCGAACCCCGUAAGCACUACCCCCUUGUCGAGAACGCGACGAUGGCCAGUUACGAGAUCGUUCUGUUCCUGCUGGCGCUCCUGAUCGGCGUGGUGCUGCGGCGAGCCGCUCCGGUGGCUGAACUCGGCGUAGUCGAACAGCUCGAGCGCAAGCUCAACAGUCUGGAGAACCAGAAGCGCAAGCUGAAGCGACAGCUGGCCGACUUCAGGGCGCGGGCGAGCAAGAGCGAUACCAGGCUGCUCGAGGACACGUCGGCGACGCGCGAGGGCCAUGCGCAGAUGUACGUAGAUCUUGACAAACACCGUUCUGACCUUGAAGAUGCAUCCCACGAACUGGAAGUAUGUGCACACAAUCAUGAAGAGGCAAUGAAGCUUCUCCACUUUUGUCGCUCCACAGUACUUGAAAACCUUUCCAGUGCCAUUGAACUUGCCGAGAGGCGCAAUGCUGCAGUGUCAAAGCUGUACUUUGAAGUAUUUGGUGAGACCAAUGGCAAUGUUCAGCUGCUCAGUGAACUCACUGAUCCCUGGAGGCGAUGGGCUGAACUGCUGGCCGUGCAGCGGGACCGCACAGACCGUGUCUUCACGCACUGCCUUGAAAGGGCAAGCCGCCACAAGAAGAUAGAAGUUGAAGAACUGCCAGCCUCUGCAGGCUUUCAGCUCACAUGGGAGCCCGACUACGGCUUUGACCGCAUCCUGGACUUGGUGCGGCUGCGCCUGUCCUCUCCCAUCUCGCGGUCGGAGAGUGUGGCUGACUUCGAGUACCUGCGCUGUGCCAGCAACCUGUCUCCGGCAAGCACUCUCUGCGGUGGUGGCAGUGGCAAUGGCGGUGGAGGCGGCAGUGGCAGCUCUGUGAACAACACCAACUGCUUCGGCACGGUGCGCAAGUCUGGCUACCUGCGUCUUGCACGCACGCUGCACAAGCGCAUGCCAGAGGUGCCUGAGGAGCGGCUGGUCGCCUGCCUGGAGACACUGCGCUCACAAAACGGUGGCCUCACUGGGCUCCGCAUCAGCGAGAUCCGUGAGGAAGUGUCACGCCUCAUCCAGGAGUGGCCUUCCUCGGCGGUGCGAUGAUGCAGCCCAACCUCCUUCCCUCUCAUCUUGUUCACAUCUGUCAUCCUCAUCAUCAAGUACCUGCUGCAGCCCUCACCUCCAAAAAAAGAAAAAAAGAAAAAAGAAAAGAAAGAAAAAAGAGAAGAAAAAAAAGCAAAGGCAGCGGCAAGACCUGGUUUACCACUGCCAAAAAGUUUUUGUUUUGUAAACAUAAAGAAAAGAAAAGAGAAAUGAAGCGACAAGAGGAGAAACUGUGCAGGGUCAUCACCGAUCAGCCAGCAUUUUAUUCGCAAGUGGCCGUGGUGCGACUCCUUCUGCGCAUAUUCCUUUAGUACGCAAUGGACACUGCCGCGCACCACGGACUCUCUCUGCUGCACGUGUACAUGAUGACCCUGCCAGCCAAGAGCUGGCAUCCCGCUGUCAGUGAUGAAUAAUGUGUGUAAAUAAAGUUACUUUCGAGUUCA